UGGAAAGGCGACUACUAGUAAGAUUUUCUGUUUACUGUUACAAUUCUGCUUAUUCGGAAGCUUUAAAGUUGUGAUAGAACUUGUAUUUAGACAUAGCAUUUAUUUUCAGUCAUGUUUUAUGCUGAUUUUAAGAAUUCGAUUACAUGUUUCGGUUGAAAACAUUGUACCAUGCCGAGAUGUUGCAGCAUUCAAGGAUGCAAAUCAAAUUAUCGUAGUCAAAGUGAAAGAGUUACUACGUUUGCUUUGCCAAAAUGUGAAGAACUAAAAAAUAAAUGGCUAAGAACGAUUCCCAGUGAUUUUACUGGCUUGAAGAAACCUGUAAUCUGUAUCAAACAUUUUCAAGAAGAUGAUGUGAUUACAACAGAUAAAUGUGUUGUCAAAGGGAAAGUUAAAGAAUUUCAGAGGAAAAUUCCAAAACUGAAAGAUGAUGCAGUACCUUCUAUAUUUUCCGACUUACCUUCUACUAAAAGCCGUUCAAAACGAUCACUUGAUGUUUCAGAAGAUGAUUUAGAACCGGCUUUGAAGCAAAGAAAAACAGACCAAGAAGAAUUAAUUAAGGAAAAGGAAGGUCUUUCCAGCUUAGAAGAAAUUCGCAGGUGUUAUGAAAAGUACCUUGAAGUUGCAAUAGCAAAAUGAGGAAGCUUGAAGGAUAACAAAAUGACUCUCACAAGGUAAUCAACAUCAAACAUGUAUAUGUAUAAUAAACAAAAGAAAUAACGUGAGACUGAGAAGAUUUGUACAUACAUUUUGCAGAAAAAGCAGUGUAAAUUUCAGGUUGUAAAAUUCACAUAUAGUUUGAAGUAAAGGUGAACUUGUGUUUGAAAGACUGUUGUCAAACAAAUAAAAGU